AGACAUUAUACAAGAAAGUUAAGCUGGGAAAGAUUUUCUAUAAUAAGUGUAUGAAAAAUCAUGUUGAUGAAUGUGAAAACUACUCAAUUUCUAGCCAAUAUAAGUUCGUGUAAACACUAAUCUAAUAUUAUACAAGAAAAAUCAAGCUGAGGAAGAAUCAGUGCAAGAGAAAUGUUGGCUUACGUGACAACUGAUAUUUAUACCGGUUUUCCUUCAAUUGGACACUAAUUAUGAACAAAAAAAAACUGUGAAAAAAAGACCACAAAUGUUUAAAGCCGAGACAUAAUAUACAUAAGAGCACAGAGGAGUCAAGAAAAUAAGAUAAAAGUGAGAUAGAGUUGAGCGGGAGAGGAAUCGGAGAAGUGAAUGUCGUCUGUUGUGAAGUGACGACGACCACCACCACCACCAACGCACCGCUACCACCGCCGCGCCACAGCCUCCCCAAAUACCACCUUCUGACCCACUGACACAACCCCACCGGCUCAGUGUCUUGUAGUUUUCAUGAGAACACACCAAUUAAGAGUGAACCGGCUGAUGAAAGUGAACGUAAGACUGAAAAUAAUGGGAGCGGAAGCAACCGGCGACUCUUAAGGUCAUCCUCGUGGGUCACCUGAAGGAUGCUUAGCCGAGGUCACCUGUGGCGGGGGCAGAGGGUGUGCUGGAGUGGAUUGAGGGGCCUUGGGCGGUAUCCUGCUGGUGUGAGAAUUGGGCCCAUCAGACACAGGCAUUGGCAAUCAGACGCCCCUUUGAAGCCAACCCCGCCCAGACAACCUCUUAGAAAAGGACUGAGUGGGUUGAGGCAAUGGAGCCUGAUGGUGCUGCUGCUGGGGCAGGAGGCGAGAGGGGAGGUGCUGGGGCAUGCCAGGGAGAUCGCCCGCUACUUGUUGUGCACAGUUGCCCGCCAGUCCGAGGUGCACACAUCCCAGAAGCUGAGACGCACUCUACAGCUCUACUCAGCAUACUCUCGACUCUGGGGCGAGGAGGCUGCUCGUAACAUGCUGGUUAGUCUUCGUCGGACACUGGCUUCCAAGGGCCGCCACCUCCUGCUCUCUGCUGUGUGCUUCUCCAACUUCAACUGGGACCAGGAGAAGAUAUCUGAUGAACGCCUGCAGGAGUCAGCGAAGCAUCUUGAGAGUGUGGGUGACCUUUGCCAGGCUACUGUUGAGUGUGACAUGUGUGGAAAGAGACAAGUCAUUGAUCAGAAGAUGGUGAAUGUAGACUACUGCAUGUGUGACGGCAGCCUGGGAUACACAAGUGACACGCGGGAGUAUGAAUCGUGGCAUCCCUUCAUUGAGAGAGAGCACCAUAUUGUAUGGCGACAGAGGCACCCUAAGCACAGCCACCUCUUUGCCUAUAAGGUGUACGGGAGGUAUGAUGAUGUGAGCCUGAGUUCCUUCAUGGAGACACAACUCAACAGUGACUACCGGACUGAGUGGGACGACACGGCUCUCCAGCUGAAGGUUAUGAGCUCCCACGAAGACUCCAACUCUGAUCUGGUCUACUGGCUGGUGAAGUUCCCUCACUUCUUUGCCAAUCGAGACUAUGUGUUCAAGAGGCGUUUCAUUGUGGACAGUGAGAAGAGGGAAGUUGUGAUAAUGAGUGAGGCUGUGUGUCCAGAAGUGAUGCCGGAGGAGAAGGGGAUCCAUCGUGUCAAUGAGUACUGGUCCACCAUGGUGAUCCGAGCACUGGGAGACAUGGACCAGCCUGGUAUAGAGUACACACUCACUUACUUUGACAACCCUGGCACCAGCUUGCCUCAAAGCAUUACAAACUUCAUUGCAGUCACAGGGUUUCCAAAUUUCCUGAAAAAGCUCCACAUGGCAGCCCUGCAGCUUCAGUCCUUCCAUGAGAAAGGUGAGGAUGUAUAUGUCAGUCUGCCACCAAUGCUGCGCUUCCCUGAACGCUGGAGGAAGGAGUUGGAGGAACUUCCUGAACCUGAGGUGUUGAGCAGAGAAGAGUUGGAAGUGAUACCGAAACCCAGUGAAGCAGCAGUAGUAGAGGAUGACAGUCUUAAGACUUUGAUUGAAGAGGAUGUGCCAGGUGAAAGUCAAGAGGAAAUACCAGAAAUUGUCUCCUUACCUGUUAUGUCUGUGGUUAUGGAAGAGACAAAUGCCGAAGCUGAAACACCUGACAAAAAAACAAGUGUGCAGGAAGAGUUGAGUAUUACAAGUACACCUCAUGAAAUAGAUAUGCAUAUUGAAGGUUCCUCUGUCAGUGAUGAGAAAACCACCAGCUCAUUGUCUUCAGAUGCACCUAAAAAGACCACAUCUGACAAGUCCCUUCAUGUAGACAUAGGUGGCAGAAAAGUAUCAAUAGAUCUACUAGAAGCCAUGGAGGUGGUGGCUCCUGAUCUGGAGAAGAAAUCUCUUCUGCUCAGAAAAAUUGAAGAACUGAAUGAAAAACUGUUGAAAGGAAAUGGUGGACAAAAUGCUCUCCUACUGAAGCUACAGAAAGUAAGACACAAAUUAAAGUCAUUCCAUCAGAAAGCAUCAAUGAGAAGGGAGCAGUCAAUUAAACAAAUGGAGCAGUUUUCCAACCGGGACCACUACCACCACAUGAACAUUGACGACAAAACCCUCACUCAGCUUGAAAUGCUCUUUGAGGCCAUGAACUAUGUCUUGCAGGCUGAUAAGGACAUGCGGACUGGGAAAACCUUACUGGGGAAAGGCCCUGCAGCUCAUCACAAGGCAGAAGUGGAAAAAUGCAGCCCAGAAGGAUCACAGCCAGAAGUUAUGCCAGGAUUGUCCUCAUCUCAUGCAGAGGGUGCAAAUGAUGAGCCACCAGAGAGAGAUGAGCCAGGGACUGCACCAAAGUCAAAGAUGACUAAGAAGAUGAAAAAGAAAAAAACACACAAGGAAAGUCCGCCACCUGAGAAUCCCCCUCCACCAGACUCAUCAGGAGGGAAGUGGCAUGAAGAAGAGACAAGGGAUAAUGCAGAUGAAAUGAAUAGUAGUGCAGGUAACUUUGCAAGUGAGUUAGGGAACAUUGCAAAGAGUGUACAUAAUGUCAAUAGUCAGGAGGAGGAGGAGAGCAGGUCAUGGUUUUCAGGUGUGAGUGUUCCUUACAUCUCUACGUGGUGGGUGGAUGGACCAAGGCAGGAGAAUUGUUCCUCAACCCACCAGCCUGAUGCCAUAAAGCCAGAGCACAAUGCAGUCUCUGAUCUUGAUGCUCAAACAAACACACUACUUUCACAGAUUUUUUAUAUGUUCACCCUUAGAUGGAUUUUUUACUCUGAGAAUGAUGAGCAUAAGAGUGUGAAGAGUGUGCAUAGCCAGGAGGGGAGUGAGAAUGACGAGAGUGAGCGGUCGAGUGAGGCACACUGGUACUGGUAUCCUGUCAAUGGUGCUUAUCGUGUGUAUGCAUGGAUGUUCAGUGCCUCCAGAGUGAGUGCUUGAGUGGUAUGGUGCAGUGCAGUGCUCAUCCCUGUUGGUGAUUUGCUUUAAAACAAUGCUUUUUUUUUUUUUUUUUUUUUUUUUUUUUUUUUUUAGCUAUUAUGAGUACACUUCUCUCAAUGCAUAGUUUCUUAGAACAACCGCAUCUUUUCAAUUACAGCAAUUUUUUCACGUUUUUUUACAAAUUUCAGUACGUACACUGUUACUGCUGAAAUAGUGAGACUGAGAACUGCCAAUACAGAGCCAUAGAGGUAAAGGUGUUCAUGUACCUGUCCUAUUUAUUUAGUUACAUUUUAUUGUUAAUGUUGAAUAUGUGAUGAGACUGUGAACAGUUUUCUCUCAUCCUUGUAAUGGCAAAACAGGCCUUGGUACAAAGUGAAGUGAUUGCCGACUAUUCAAACCUCACAAUACUACUUACAUUACCCUGUGUCCAGUAGACCAAGUGUAAAAUGUGCAUGCCAAGGGCAGAAUUUAAGUAUUACAUGUUAUGUGUUGUUGAUUAUAUUUGUAAUUCUUGCCAGGAUAAGCAUCGCACUGAUAGAUCCCGUUAGUCUGCUAGCUGCUGCAAGGGAAUGUGGAAAGUUUUUUAUAGAUAAAUUAAUUCAGUCAGUCUCAGCCCGGUGGUGGAGAGUUUGGGCUUGUCUUCCUAGCAAGCCCUGGGAAAUACUCCUCAUGUUACAUAAGCCAGGAGAUGUGGCCUUGCAACCCACCAGGAGCUACAGGUCUACCCUCCUGGGUGUGUGUGUGUGUGUGUGUUCUAAAAGACUCUCUCUCUCUCUCUCUCUCUCUCUCUCUCUCUCUCUCUCUCUCUCUCUCUCUCUCUCUCUCUCUCUCUCUCU